AUGUCCAUGGUACAUUGGCUCGACUCUUACCUACGAAUUUCCGGCCACCUGAAACCAAUAAGUGAGAAUAUAGGGGCUAAGGUAGCUAUACACUAUACUAUUCAUCUGCCAAGCCACCUCGCAUCCUACACCUACUCCCCUACAACUAUGAAUUUCGGCCUUUUCGUUAGUACGUUCACUGCACUCCUGACCUCCGCUGCGGCGAAGAAGGUCUCUGGUGCAGCUGAAGGUUUUGCUCAAGGUGCUACUGGAGGUGGCUCAGCAACUCCCUUCACCCCGAGGAACAUCCAAGAGCUUGUCACUAACUUGACUGAUAAAUCGCCUCGUGUCAUUGUUCUCGACAGGACCUACGACUUCAUCGGUUCCGAGGGUACGGUGCCUGCAACGGGCUGCGCUCCAUGGGGAAUUGGAAAGGGCUGUCAACUGGCCAUAAACAGCGCCAACUUUUGUGGCAGUCAGCCCGCUGCCCAGGUUACCUACGACAAGGCUGGAACAGCUAUUAUCAGGGUUGCUUCUGACAAGACCAUUAUUAGAGUUGGGAACAAGGAUAUCAGCAAGGGCAAGAGAUUGCGUUUUGUCAACGUGAAGAACAUUAUCGUCCAGAACAUCCCGGGAUGCACUGGUUACCACUAUUGGACCUUUGAGAUGGUUGGCCAGGGCGAUCAAAUCACCCUCCAGAACAACUACAUCAUUCACACGAGCGGACGCGGAACUGCCCUUUCUGCCACCACCCUUCUCCACGCUGUCAACAACGUCUGGUCUGACGUCAAGGGCCACGCCAUCGAGGGAGACACAGCCGGCAAGGGUCUCUUUGAGGGUAAUAUCUUCCUGAAUGUCCAACAAGUCAUCGUGCCCGACUUCAAGGAGGCUACCAAGUCGCAUCUCGGUCGCGUGUGCCAGGGCAACAUUUUCUCUGAUUCAAGUGCCUUCAGCCGCAAGGACUCUGGAUUCUUGUCUGAGUUCAAGGGAUUGCCCAUUAUUUGUUCCACUCAGGCCAAGACCGCGCAGGCCAAGGUUUCUCAGAGCGUUGGGCUUUGGAAAGAUCUAAGCCUGGAGGCUGAGCGGCAUUAUAGAGCCGGGCUUUAUGGCCGUUAUUCAAGCUGGUAUUACCUGGUUGGUAUAUAG